AAAAUAGCAAUAAUCAUAAAUUUUAAAAAUUCAAAAAUAAUGAAAAUUUUUAUCUUGAUUUUCUUUUUCUUUUUCUUAUUUCCUCCGACUAUAGUGUAAGGUUCCAUGUAAGAAAAUAGAAGUCCGUUAGCUUUGCUGGGAAGGGCCUCUUGCAAUCCAGAGAACAGGAUGUAGGCGGAAAUAGACGUCCACCCAAAAAAUCAAUGUAAUCCAGCUCUAGCCAAUCAAAUUUCAGCCAUAUGCCCUCGUGUCAUUUCCAUACGCCAUUAAAACCAUUGAGAUAAAAUUUUGGAGAAGCAACGCCUCUCUCCUUUCUCUCUUCCUCACGGACUAACCAUGCCAGCUGCAGCAGCAACAGCUUUACACUCUACUUUCUGCUUCUCUUCCCAGAAACCGGCACCUUCACACUCACCCUCACCCUCAAAUUCCCAUCAACCGAACGCCCACUUAUCAGCAAAACCCAAAAGCCUCCUUCACAAGCAUCCACUCUAUACACCAGCUCAGGUUAACGUUCCUUUCCAAAUUAAAGAAAAGAUCCUAUGCCUUGAAAUCAUGGGCGUUGAUUCUGGCAAGGCAUUAUCCCAAAAUCCUUCUCUCCACUCAGCCUCUCUAGAUUCUAUUCAUUCCAUAAUCUCUUUUCUCCAAUCCAAAGGUAUCCACCAUAAGGACUUGGCUAGGAUUUUUGGUAUGUGCCCUCAAAUCCUUACCUCUAAUAUCAAAACUGACCUCAACCCAGUUUUCCAAUUCCUAUCCCAUGAGCUCAAAGUCCCAGAAAAUAAAUUUAGAAGGGUCAUCAACAAAUGCCCAAGACUGCUUGUUUCUAGUGCCAGAGACCAGCUUAAACCAUGCCUUUUUUAUCUCCAAAGGCUGGGGUUCAAAGAUUUGGGAGCUUUGGCUUAUCAAGACUCGGUUUUGUUGGUUUCUAAUGUUGAGAAGACCUUGAUUCCUAAGUUGAAGUACUUGGAGAGUAUUGGGUUUUCAAGAGAUGAGGCUGUGGGCAUGGUUUUGAGGUGCCCAGCAUUGUUUACUUUUAGUGUUGAGAACAAUUUUAUCCCAAAAUUUGAGUACUUCUCUGAGGAAAUAAAGGGGAAAUUAGAGGAGUUGAAGGAGUUCCCUCAAUAUUUUGCUUUUAGUUUGGAAAACAGGAUAAAGCCAAGACACAUGGAGAUUAUUCAAAGUGGGGUUGCAAUGGCUUUGCCAACUAUGCUUAAGAGCACUGAUGAAGAGUUCAGGGAGCUGCUAAGGCAAGCGGCUGGAUAAAAAGUGGAUUCUACAUCUGCCCUCAACACUCCAGCGGCAUUAAAAGGAGGCGCAAUAACAAUGGGGAUUGUCAUGGAUUUCCAAAAAUAGUAGCUUCUUGGCCGGCUGCCGUUGGUUUCUCUCUUACCGGCUUGACCCUCUUCCCAGCCUCCUGAAAACAUUACUAGGAAGGUGAUCAAGCAGACAACCACUACUUGAAAAGCUAUUGAUGGUUUUAUUUCAGCACUUGAUGAAAGAUGAACAAUCCAUUAUAAGUUUGAUUCGAUGGAAAAUACAAUACAGA